GGUUUGGGAGGAAAGCCUCGGCCCACGGAGCCAGUGGGGCAAAGGACGCACGUCAUAGGUGCGGGCGGUGUAGCACGUCUGAUGCUGUGCGGCGCCGUCGCAUCUGGAAGUGCGUGCGUUUGGAUAGACAGAGAGAAGACCCACAGAUCGAAGCGGCAGCACAACAGAAAGCCGUUUAACUACUGUAGCACUGUAAUCCGCUAAGCAAGCGAAUCGAGCUCAGAGCCCUAACGAGCGUCAAUGGCGGCCGAGCCCGAGCCCAGGAUCCUAGAGCUCUCCAACGGCAAGAUCACUGCGAGGAUCUCCAACUGGGGCGCCACCAUCACCUCCCUCCUCGUCCCCGACGCCCAAGGGAGUAUCGCGGAUGUGGUGCUCGGAUUCGAUGACCUGGACCCGUACGUGAAAGGCAUGUCACCUUAUUUUGGCUGCAUAGUUGGCCGAGUUGCAAAUAGGAUCAAGGAUGGAAAGUUUAGACUCAACGAAGUUGAGUAUUCAUUGCCUGUCAACAAUGGACCUAACAGCCUUCAUGGUGGGUUGAGGGGAUUUGAUAAGGUUGUGUGGGAUGUCGUAGACCACAAGGAUGGUGAAUGCCCAUCAAUAACUUUUCAGUAUCACAGCAAGGAUGGUGAAGAAGGCUAUCCAGGGGAUGUAACCAUUAGGGCAACAUACUCACUUCCUGAAGCUGCUACUCUAAGACUUGACAUGGAAGCUACACCAGAAAACAAAGCAACUCCUAUAAGCUUGGCGCAGCACACCUAUUGGAACCUUGCAGGCCAUGCUUCCGGUGACAUCUUAAAUCAUUCAAUACAGAUAUGGGGGAAGCACAUCACUCCAGUUGAUGAAAACACAAUUCCCACUGGUGAGAUAAUGCCCGUCAAUGGCACUUCUUUUGAUUUCACAACAGAGCACAAGAUUGGAGAGCGCAUCAAUGAUGUUCCUGGAGGGUAUGAUCAUAACUACAUGCUGGACUGUGGCGAUGAGAAGAAUGGCCUGAAGCAUGCGGCCAAGCUGAGAGAUCCAUCAAGCUUGCGGACCCUAGAGCUCUGGACUGAUGCACCUGGCAUGCAGUUCUACACCGCCAACUAUGUGAAUGACAUCAGUGGCAAAGGGGGUGCUGUCUAUGAGAAGCAUGCUGGAGUAUGCUUGGAAACCCAGGGGUUCCCUAAUGCCAUCAACCAACCUAAUUUUCCCUCUGUAGUUGUUCGGCCUGGUGAGAAGUAUAAGCACACUAUGCUGUUUGAGUUCUCAAACUGAAUAGUGAUUGGACAACACAAAUAGCUCUAAAACAUGUUGAAUGAAUAAACAAGCAGAAGAAUAAUAUGUGAUAAUGACUGUAAAUCUUGUUUGUCAUGGAACCAGAGAAUGAUCGAGGUAAAUUUAUAAAUUUUUUAAUGAGAGUGGCUCUGAAACUAAUGAUUUUGGAACCA